CGGUAUAAUUAUAAAUGUGAUCUGUGACCGGCGGCGGCGAAAGGAAAUUUCACAUUUCAUUUUUACCUUUUUAUUAAAUUACUAUAUUUUUCAUCAUGGAAGAAGAAGGAGAUAAUUUACUAAUGGAAGACAAUUAUUACCAAUUAUUAAAUGUGUCAAAAACGGCAACUCCAGAAGAAAUUAAUAGUGCCUAUAGAAGAUUCUCACGCAUGUUUCACCCAGAUAAACAUAGUACUGAUCCUAAUAAACAGAAAUGGGCAGAACAAAUAUUUAAUAAAAUCAAGGAAGCAUAUGAAGUUCUCUCUGAUUCUCACAAAAGGGCUAUAUAUGACACUUUAGGUAAAAGAGGUCUGGAAGUUGAUGGGUGGGAAGUUAUUUUCCGCACACGAACACCAAAAGAAAUAAGAGAAGAAUAUGAAAGAUUAAAACGGGAGAGAGAAGAAAGACGACUUCAACAAAGUGCAAAUCCUAGAGGAACAAUAACGGUCUCAAUAAAUGCUACUGACAUGUUCACAAAAUAUUAUGAUGAGUAUGAAAUUAUAGAAGACACUGUAGGUAUUCCAAGUAUUGAAGUGUCAGGUAUGACAAUACAACAGUCAAUAGAUGCACCAGUGACACUAAGGAACACAGUAACUCUCUCUGGGAAUAUAUCAACACAAAAUGGAAUAGGAACUGGUUCUAUUAAUAUGUCAAACCGACAUUUGAGUUCGGAAAGAGGAUGGACAGAGUUGGAAUGUGGUAUAGGAAAUGGACCAGUUUUAGGAUUCAAAAUGUUCCGAACAAUAUCCCGACUUAUGUUUGUCAAUUGUGGUACUGGAUUGCAAUUUACACCUCGGGGCAUUGUACCUAGUCUUGUUACAACUAUGGCUUUACAGUUAGAUGCACAUUCUGUAGGCUACCUCACUUAUAGAGCAGGAAACCAAGGUGGUGCAAUGACCUCCACUUAUGUGAGGGACAGUGAGAAGUAUCACCUAAAUACAGCUGUACAAAUUGGGAACCCACAUUCGUUCAUAUCUUUCAAUUUCAUGAGGAAAUUGCCGCAACAUGAUAUGAAGUUGAGAUUAGCAUUAAAGGUCGGUACCUUUGGGGCGAUUGCGGAGUAUGGCGCAGAAAAGAAAGUGUCACAAAAUAGCAGUGUCUCAGCCGCUGUAAUGCUUGGCGUUCCUAGUGGUGUCAUGCUGAAGCUAAAGUGGUCAUGCUCGACACAGACUAUAGUAGUACCGAUACAUCUCUGCGAGGAAGUAGUUCCUGCGCCGGUUUUCUACGCGACUGUAGUCCCAAUGGUAUCGUGGUUGAUAAUUAAGAGAUUGGUGUUAGAUCCAAUUGCCAGGGAACGGCAGGAGAGAGAGCGACAACGAUCUAUGGAAGCUAAUUUUGAAAGAUUGCAAGAAAUGCAGAAGCAAGCUCGAGCGACUGUAGAACUGAUGCGCGAGACUUACUCCAGGAACCGAAAUGAUGAAGAGAAGAAGAAAGGUUUAGUUAUUAUCAAGGCUUUAUAUGGAAAACUUCCUUCAGGGUCAACAAGUCACGACACGACAGCUGAAGAGAUUGGCGAUGGUGCUCCAGAAUCACCUAGCGCCUACAGUGACGUCAUCGAUGUGACAAUACCCCUGCAAUGUCUUGUAAGGGACUCCCGACUAGAACUACUCGAUGCGAGCAAGUCGGAGUUAGCCGGUUUCUAUGACCCAUGUGCGGGAGACGAGAAACAUUUGACAGUUCGCUAUAUGUUCCAUAACAAUUUGCAUAUGUGUACUGUCCCCGAAAAAGAAGCCCUUAUUCUUCCCAGAAAUGCCCAUCGAAUAAAAAAUCGAUCUUGAUUAACACGCCGCGCCAACAGCUGUAAGCUGUCAUCGGCGCAUAGUUGUGCGUAAAUUUUAUAGAAAUGCCAUUGAAUUGAACCCACAAGUGACGUAAUGGCGAAUUUCGUGCCUAUUUGCCGGUUAUAUUAAAUAUAAAAAUCGUUUACCGUUUUGUUUGAAAACUUUUUCUGUAGUCUAUGAGCGUCGAAUACGUAUAAGAGCUGUUAUUGCAAAAACUUGUCUUAACAGUAUUUCGUCUCUUUCUGUCAAAUUGUGUUCAAUCUGCGGUAAAGAGAGAUGGAGUGCUGUUUUUGAAGGGGGUUAUUUAUUUAUUACACGUUAUUGCUUAUUAGUUUCGAAUUUCUUUACAAUUAGUGUUUUGUUUAUUCAAAAAUCUAGACAAUUAUGCCUUUAUUUUUCCUAAAUUGAACAUUCCAAAAGUUAUUUAGUGCCAAUUUGGUUUUCAUAUUCAAACAACAAAAAAUAUAUAAUAUAAAGUUAGUAUUCUAUGUGGGUUCCUGUGAAAAAGAAACUAGAAAAUACAGAACACUAGUAUUCAUACUUUAAUGUUUGUAUAGCAUUUAUAAUAUGUUGGUUCCUACGUCACUCUUCACAUAGUUUAUUUAUAAACCCGGUUAAAAUUUAAUGUUGCUGUUUUUUAUAAGUAAGCCGUUUCUUAUUUACUAUGCACAAAUUGUUAAUGUUAUUGAGGAAUAAUUAUCUGCACAUUUCACACUUUCUUCAGAAACAUAGCAAAUAAAACUUUGUUGCCUGGUAAGAGAAAAGGCUUUUAGGGAAAAAAAUAUAUAGCCGCCUAGAUUAUGGUGUACUGGGUUUGAUUACUGGUGAAAUAAUCACUGUUCUGUGUGAGGAUUUAAAUCAGUUAAAGAAACAAACAAAAAAUAUACAUAAAAUUAUGUAAUAGUUCUAAAAUUUAUUGGUUGUCAUGUGUGACUUAUAAAUAAAUAUAUUUUUAAAUACGCGCCUAAUUCUAUAUUUAAUAGAAUUACCAACUUUUAGUUAAAUGGAUGUGCAUGUUGUAACUCUAGUUAAUUUGUAUAGUUGUUUUUCUUUAAUAAAGUUAAAGCAUAUU